AUGGCACUGAACACAUAUGCCCACCCAAAUGCCUUCACUGCAACGGCCCCCACCCCGCAGAUGACCCCAAAUGCCCCCUUCGCCCACAAGGGAGAGAAAGGAAAUCAAAAUCAGAACGCCAGACAAUCCGGAAGAUAUACCUCGAAAACAGAAACUCUGUUUGUGUAA